AUCUGUCUCGUGGGUGGGUGUUUGUUGAUUAUUGAUUGUGUUAUCAUGUACGUUAUCAGUGAUGGCACUACCUUCUUCACUGAAUGUUUUUAGAAUUAUUUGAAAAACUCCGUUUGUUUUUUCUAAUCCGUGUGUCAUCCUGCAUGUUGUAUAACUUGAGGAAACUCGAGAAAUUAAUAGGCAAGUAAAUUUACCUCAAAAUUUUCUGUUCGGUCUCUUCAAGUCGCUCUCCAUGUCAGCCCAUUUCAUCAAUGGCAAGUCCAACACAAGCAAGGAGAUAAUCGGUCUAUCUACGGCUGCUUAAAAUCCAUCGGCCAUGCGCUAUCUUCUAAUAUGGGCACUUGUCUCGCUGAAAUGCGAGCCCUAGACACUGUUCAAGUCCUGCACCAAACUGUUGUCUCACUACGGCAAGCCCUUGAAGGAUAUCAAAUAGAAUUAGAUUCUCUAAAGUCCUCUUCGAACAAAGCAAAUGUCACCUCAGUCGACUUCUUGGGGACAAUUGAAAAGCUCUCUGCCGAAAAUCAAGCACUCCGUAAAAAACUAUCAUCUUUAAGCAGUAGUGCUCUUCAGGAGAAACCGGUAAUUUUGAAACCAAUUGAACCUCCACCUUACUUUAAAGAAGGGAACUCGAAAAGUUUAAUGGAAGCGCAAAAGUCAGAAUCCUCCAACAGCGAUAACAGAGAAUCAGCGCAGGAACAAGUUAGUGAAGAGAAAAAAGAAAAUGUCAUGGAAGAAAAACCUGUGCAGAACAUUGUAAAUGUUACAGAUCCAAUGGAAGAAGAGAAAGAGUCUCAAGCACUUGUCUCCAAAAAUGAGGCUGAAAAAGUGAUGCAAGGGCUUGAGGAAACAGAAGAGGUAGAUGAUAUCGAGCUCAUCUUUACAACUGAUGAUACAAAAGAGUUAUGCACAUUACAAGAAGAUAUGGUCUCUAUCAAUGAGGCGGAUGCCUGGCAAUCCAAGCACUCUCAAUCUGUUUUUGCAGACACGGAUAUUUCCAAAUGUGGUGUUCUCAAUGAUGGUGAGCAUCCAAAUCAAUCGGCUCGCAGGAACACUGUAGCCCAUUCUUUUUCUUUGUAUCGUCCUCUCUCUCAAAGAAAAAAUUCAUACGGCAACAAGCUUCCCACGCAAAGCUCAGUUGUAAAAUUUGUUGACACAGCUAUGAAUGUUCGUCCUAUUCUUGUCGAGAAUAACAACCCAACUAACGAAUCUGAAGCACAAACUGAAAUAAGUGCUCUCCCACAGCAUUGGAAGUCUGAAAGUUACCUAGCUCAUCACAAAGUUUCUCACAAUUUCACCACUCUCCCAUCUAAGUUUUCGCUCUCCCCAGAAAACAUUCCCCCUCGAAAGCAGUCCCUUAAAUUGUGUGAAAAAACUCAAGAAGCGCGCCGUAUUCUCCUUUCAGAUAUUAACUUUACCAGCAUGGUUCCAGAACUUUCACAAAGUUUCGAUCACCUGUGCCAAAUCCAAGAAGACUUUGGGAUAACAUCAUUAUGCAAGAAUUAUCCUCGUGCUUUUUCAUUCAUGAAGAAUACAGACUACAUCAUGUCGCCAGGGUAUGGUAGUCAAAUCCCUUGGUCGCCUAGCCAGCAUUCAAGUUGGGAACAGUGUGAAUGCUCAUUAAUGUCCAUGUCCCCAUCUUCACCAUUAGACUUGGCAGGGAAUCGCAAUAGACGACAUUCAUUUCAGCCCACAGCUUUGUCACUGGACUCCGGAUGGAACAAUCGUCAGAUAUGGAGUUCUGUUCCGUCAUCACCUGUCCAUUGCCGCAGCGUGUCGCUCUCGGCAUCAUGUCAGCCUGUUUCUCGAUGUUUGCGGUCAGCAUCAGCACUCAAUCAUAACACAAGGAAGCCUAAACCUUUCUCCAGAGCUAGGAACAGAGUAGCUUUCAUGGAGCGCAAGUUUGGAACUUCUAUGCCAGACCUGCGCGAGCCAGAUAGUGGCGGAGAAUCAACAGAAUCAUUGAUUGAUGAUUCUGAACAAUCAUUAAGGAAGUCCAUCGAUGCAAUUACAACAGGAUCAGACCCUCUGACUCCAUGCCCCUUUCUUCGCCGCUGCUCAGAACCUCGUUUCAGAUUUGCCAGUCCAAAGAGAACAAACCAUCGACCUUUUAUCGUUAAAUCACCAUACGAAUUAAAAUUAAAUCAACUAGUAAAAGUCAUUACCCAGGAAGGAAGAAUAGUCAAUGGAAAAGUGAAGUAUGUUGGUCCGAUAAAAGGCAAGACUGAUACAUGGGUUGGUGUCCAAUUAGACUUUCCAAUCACUAGUGGAACAAAUGGAGCGAUUCAAGAUAACCGCUAUUUUGAAUGUGAGGAACAUUGUGGCGUAUUUGUACCUUUCAAAAAAGUUGUUCUUGCAUGGAAGGCAUGAUACACUCGUCCAGUCUCUCAAUGGCAAAUGGAUUCUUGAUCUCUCUCCUUUUAUGGAGACUUCUAGAGUAAAUUUUAUUUGUAAGUCCGUAAUCUUUGUGUAAAUACAUUUUUGAAAUUUUUUGUUAAAUGUCUCCUACCAACUUAGUUUCUAUGUAAUUAUUUCUCAAUACAAGAGUCAGUUUAAAAUGCAGCUGUAAUGAUAUUUUUUUAAAGAGGAGCUACAGUUCCACUUCAUUAUCCACAGUUAAUAAUGAAUUGACUCUACGCUUGAAGGUAGAUGAGCUUCUUACUAUGUAACCCAUGACCCCAGAAGAAAUCACCAAAAUGUUUCAUUUCUGUUGGUGUGAAAAGUUAACUCUUUUCACUAAUAAUGCUUUCUGAAAAAACUUUUGAACUAGCCCCUUCGUAUAGGAUUAUCCCCAGCAAUUGCUGAAAAAAGCAGUGUUUUUAAUAAAAUUGCCCUAAAUAAGAAAAAAGUUUUUCUAUUGAUUUUAUAGAUUUCAGAAAAUUUCCCCCAAAGUAUGAAAAAUGUACUCAAAGUCAUUUUCAAGCUGAAUAUUCAUUGGUUUUCUGCGAAAAACAUGAAAUCUAAGAGGAGAUAAGGCAAAAGUAAUGAAAUUUGGCUGGCUUGCAGACCAACUUGCCACGGCCAUCGAGUUGUAGCGUCUAUUAGUUUGCUUCUUCUCAUCUUCCCAAUUUUUUUUCGUUUGAGGGCAGACUGUUUUCAAGUCUCUACAUUGAAAACUACGCUUUUUUAUAGAAAGAAUUCGGGAGGCAGGAUUUGCAACCUCUGACUUAACAUAAGUAAUGCAGUAACAAAACUAUGAAAUAGUAACUCUAAAGUCUUCAAAAUCCUCAUAGUCACAAUUUUUUGAAGUGGUUUCCUGUUGAUUGGUAAACCCCUCUGCCAUUAUGGACUAACAUAUCCGUCGGUUUUUAGUGUAUUUUCCAAAGGAAAAUUUUAAAUUUAAAAGUGUAUUUCUGAAGAUUGAAAUUUUAUUCAGUCAUUCCUAGUGAUGCCAUAAAAUGAUGCACAAAAUGACAAUUGAAUAUUAUCUAGUCAUCCCUUUCUGUUGUUUUUUCUCUGUAAAUUUUUUUUGUAAAGAACGAUUUGCCUAGUAAGCAGCUUCUUCUUUUCAAUUUCUCUCUAGUCAGUCGUUUUUAUCAACUGUGCUUGAUUCAUUAAAUAUCUUGCUGUUUA